UCGACCCAGCUCCAAUUUACAAAUAAAGCUAUAUAGCUAUAACUAUAAAUUCUUGGUUGUGUUGUUGUUCUUUUUUUCCGUUCCGUUACAUAGCACGCUAAAAUAAAUAUCCGAAAGUUAGACCCCAGCCGAAUCCAGAAUGCUUUCGCUGCAGAACCAACGGCAACCCAAGACCACCGCCCUGGUGGACGACUACGAGAUCUCGGACACCGUUCUGGGCCUCGGGAUCAACGGAAAGGUGGUGCAGUGCACCCACCGUCGCUCCAAACAGAACUAUGCCCUCAAGGUGCUGCUGGAUAACGAGAAGGCGCGCCGCGAGGUGGAUCUCCAUUGGCGGGUCAGCGGCUGUCGGCACAUUGUGAACAUCAUCGAUGUGUACGAGAACACCUAUAGUGGAAGGAAGUGCCUGCUGGUGGUCAUGGAGUGCAUGGAGGGCGGCGAGCUCUUCCAGAGGAUUCAGGACAAGGCCGAUGGGGCCUUCACCGAACGCGAGGCUGCCCAAAUAAUGCACGAGAUCUGCGCGGCGAUAGACUAUCUGCACAGUCGCGAUAUCGCACAUCGCGACUUGAAGCCGGAGAACUUGCUGUACACCACCUCACAGCCGAAUGCGAUCCUCAAGCUGACGGACUUUGGCUUCGCCAAGGAGACAUUCACCAAUGACACGCUGCAGACGCCCUGCUACACUCCCUAUUACGUGGCUCCCGAGGUCCUGGGUCCCGAGAAGUAUGACAAGAGCUGUGACAUCUGGUCCCUGGGCGUGGUGAUGUACAUCAUAAUGUGCGGAUUCCCGCCUUUCUACAGCAACCACGGCCUGGCCAUUUCGCCCGGCAUGAAGAAGCGCAUCCGCACCGGCCAGUAUGACUUUCCCGAUCCGGAAUGGACGAACGUAAGCCCGGCGGCCAAGGAUCUGAUCAAGGGCAUGCUGAACGUGGAUCCCAGCAAGCGUUUGCGCAUCCAGGACGUCAUCCGGAACAAGUGGAUCGCCCAGUUCAAUGCGGUGCCGCAGACGCCACUCUGCACGGGCCGGAUGCUCAAGGAGGGCGAGGAAACCUGGCCGGAGGUGCAGGAGGAGAUGACACGAUCGCUGGCUACCAUGCGCGUGGACUACGAUCAGAUGCAAAUAAAGGCGCUGGACAAGUCGAACAAUCCGCUGCUCACGAAGCGCAGGAAAAAGAUCGAGGAGAUAUAUGCGGGCAAUGCGACACGCAACUAAACGAGAAAGCCAGAGCAACUAACACGGCCAAUCCUGGAGUGAGAUGAGAUCAGAUGGGCGUAGGACGUAGGAUGGGUGAACCAUCGGUUUAACACUUAAGCGGAAAAGUUGUACAAUGCUUUACGGAAACGAUAACUACUACUAUACUAUGACGACAGCAACAACUGCUAUUAACUACUACGAUAACAGCAACAAC